AUGCCACGGCUCUCACAGCCACCAAUCUCGCCACCCCUCGAACUCAUGUCCCUCUCACCGUCCUCAUCCAUCUCAUCCAUCUCCCCCGACUCACCGCUCCUGGCGCCCAUUUCCACCGCCCCCCGACCGCGCUGGGCUCUCCCGUCUCGAGGCCGUCUCCAACGCGUCGUCAGCGCCAUCCUCGCCCGCUCCAGACGCCUCUCCCGCAUCUCCUGGAAAUCCGCCAUCCUCUACACGCUCCUCGUCUACACGACGACCUGCAUAACCCUCUCCGUGCCGCCCCUGGCCUCCCGCCUCCCAGCAUACACGGGCCCUCACGCCGUCGGCGCCAUCGACCUCGAGGUCCCCCUCCCGCGGCCCGAGCUCAUAGCAGAGCCCGUCUUCAAAGACUCCCACACGCCAGCCUUCGAGCUCGAGACCGUCCUCGUCACGAUAUACUACCCGGCCGACAAAGACGCCAGAUCCGCCAAGCCGCCGCUCCCCUGGAUCCCGCGGCCCGUCAGUCUCACGGCCCGAGGAUACGCACGCUUUGCCCGCCUCGACAACGUCCUCGCCCGGCCAAUCUUCACCCUGGCGCUCUGGCUCGUCGCCGGCCCCAUCACCAUCCCCGCCCAGGUCGACGUCGCCCUCGCCAGCUCGCCCCCCCGGUUCCCCGUCCUGGUCUUCUCCCACGGCAUGGCGUCCUCGCGAACCGACUACACAAACUACCUGGGCGAGCUGGCGUCGCGCGGGACCGUCGUCGCCGCCAUCGAGCACCGCGACGGCUCCUCCCCCGGCAGCUCCAUCCGCGCCCCCGGCGUCCCGGCCAAAAGCCGCCUCCACUUCCGGGAGUCGGACCUGCUCGCCUCGGCCGCCAACCACACGCCCGUCGACACGCCCGCCCUCAAGAGACACCAGCUGGCCUUCCGGGACGCCGAGAUGCUCCACGCGAUCCGCCUGCUGCGCCAGCUCGACGCCAACGCCUCCUCCGUCGAGAGCACCCGCUCGCCCCCGGAGUCGCUGGGCUCCUUCUCCGGCCGCCUCGACCUCGGCCGCCUCGUCACGGCGGGCCACUCGUACGGCGCAACGGCCGCCCUCCAGGCGCUCAAGCAAGCCUCCGCCUCUGCCUCUGCCUCUGCCUCUGCCUCUGCCUCUGCCUCUGCCGCCAGCUCCGGCACGCCCCCCGAGCUCGACGCCGGCCGGCCCAACCCGUCGGUGGGAGGCAUCGCCCUCGACCCCGGCAAGGAGAGCGGGCCCCUCAACACCGCCGUCGACGUGGCCCUCCUCGUCGUCCACUCAGACUCGUGGUCCAAGCAGCGCACCAUCUUCUUCGGCAGACCGCACUUUGACACCGUUCGUGACCUGGUGCGGGGCGUGCUGCUCCGCACACAAGCAGCCUGGUUCCUGACCAGCCUGGGCACCAGCCAUGCCAGCGUGUCGGAUGCUCCGCUCAUAGAGCCUCUGUUGCUGACCUGGGUCACGGGCGCCACGCUGGAUGCAAACGAGGCCUUGAGGGAAUACGUCCGUAUAUCGGAUGACUUCAUCAAGUCUUUGUCCUCGGGGGACACCCACGUGGGGGGGCUCUUGGGCGAAAAGGUUACGCACAUCGAGUACAACAAGUGGGUGAGCCGUGAGAGGGAAAAGUCCUUUCCCAAGUCUUUGGCCCGCCUGUGGGAAGUCCACGUCAGUCCCGCGUCGCCAAAGAACUUUCGGGGCUGA